AUGCAUAAAUACAGUUUAAGAUUUAAAGACUCAAAAAUUGAAGAACAGUAUUUGAUACAUAGAAGUAAAACCUUAUAAUUUCCAACACUAACAUAUGUUACAGGAGGAGGAUUCUUACUUUUGAUGAUUAACUUUUUUGUUCAUUUGAUCAAUCAAAAGUAUUAGAAUGCCAUAAAAAAUGGAGCCAUUGCAGGCUAUCUAUUAUUAUAAUACAUUUUCUUAAGAAAAUACCUAAAAUUUAGAAAGUACACUAAUCUUGCUUUACUAAUCUGCAAUAUGAUCUUUACAGCAUUUGAAUACCAGAAUCCUGCCACUGUUAAAACAUAUUACGAUGGUUAUAUUCUGGGAAGCAAUCAAAUGUUGGUACAUAAUAUCUUGAUGUUUGCGAAUAAUCUUAGAUUAGGUAUCGUGGCUAAUAUAAGUCAUACUAUCUCAAGAAUACUGAUUGUGUAACUCUAUCAGGGAAGUAUGGAUAUUUAGCAAUAUGUUUACACCACUGUAUUAAGUUUAAGUUUCAUCGUCAUAUAAUAUGAAAUUGAGAAGUAAUACAGGAAUUCUUUUUUUUUGUCUCUAAAAGACAGCACUUGGGAAAUCAUGACUCCCUUAUUUUUAAAGAAACCUUACUUUUUAUUUUCCUUUAAUUAAGAAGAGAACGCAUAUCAAGUGAUCUCAUCUCACUUAAAGGAAUACUUUGAGUCCGAGACUCCUCUAACAACAUUUAUGUAUCAAUCCAAGGUUUUAGGUAAUGAAUCUUUAUAGGCUUACAUCUAACGCUUGACGAUAAAAAGCAUAGAAAAUAAUCAUAAUUUAUGCUUAUUCAAUCAAUAUCUGAACGUUGAAUAUCUUAACAAAAAGAUCGCUAUUUCGAUGAUAGCAUAUUAAUUUGAAAAAGUGAUCUAUGCAAUAAUAAUUGAAUCCGAAGAUCCAAUCAGAAAGGAGUAAAAAACGAAAUACUUGUAGUAGAUACAAAUAUAUAAAGAAUUUUUCCAUUUACAAAUAAUGCCUAUAAAUAAGGUGUUGGCAACAUUGUUAAAGGAGAAUCAUCAUCCUUUGUUGAGGGAUUUGAGAAUUUCGUUGAUAGAGAUAUAUUAUUAAUAGUCUUAGGUUUGCGAAUUAAAGUUAGUCACUAUAAAGAAGUUACUUUAGAAGUGUGUGCAAUUAUUUUAGACUCCAAAACAUUCAAUAAACAUAGUUUGCAAUGAGGACAUAAAAUUUGUAACUAUGAAGCAUGCAUUAAUAAUAUUUCUACUUGAAAUUCUAAAGAAAAACAAUGGCGAGUUUUUAUAAAUCAGAAUAAGUUAAGUUUAAAAUACUUCAAUACAAGUAAUUGGUAUGAAUUAUCUACCUCAAUCGGAGCUAUUUUUAAAAAGCAAGGAGAUGCUAGUUGAAAGAGUGUUAGAAUCUCAAAAUUGUAAAUUUAAUAUGAUAUUUAGGUUUUAUGUUCAUAUUAAUGAAAACACCGCAUUAAAAUUUUAAUGA